AUGUCUCAGGGAACUCUAUACGUUAACAGUCUGGCUAGGGGCUACCUCCCUUCCGCCUUGGUCAAGUACCUCGGUCUUGACAUCGAAAUCGUGGACACUGAGAAGGAUCAGGAAAGCUUCUUGAAGCAGUUCCCAUUGGGCAAGAUCCCAGCGUUUGUCGGUCCUGAGGGCUUCAAGCUCACUGAAGUGAUGGCCAUCGCUUACUACCUUGUCAACCUCAAGGGUGACGAGAACAUCAAGAAGGUCUUGUGCGGUGCCACCUUGGAAGAGGAGGCCCAGAUCAUGCGCUCUCUGUCCUUCACCAACAGUGAGUUGGCUGUUGCCUUCCCAACCUUCGCUCUCAUGCUGCUCGGUAAGUUGCCUUACAACAAGAAGAUCUGCGACGAGAAGAGAGCCGCCUUCGACGCCUGCAUGGACGUCUUCGAGCAGAGACUGAGUGAGUACACUUACCUCGCCACCGAGGAGGUCUCCCUCGCCGACCUAUUCCUGGGUACCCUAUACGCCUUCUCCAGCAUCCUCAUCUUCGGUGCCGAGUACAGAGCCAAAUACCCUGCUAUCGCCAGAUGGUUCAAGACCGUCAUCGCCCACCCAGCCCUCGCUGGCGUCUUCGACCUCUCCAAGUUCCGCAAGGACACCUUGCAGUACGUCGCUCCUAAGAAAGAAUCCAAGAAGGAGACCAAGAAGGAGACUAAGAAGCCAGCCGCUGAGAAGCCAAAGGCUGCUGCCGAGGCUGAGAAGCCAGCUGAGCAACCAAAGAAGCCUAAGCACCCUCUUGAGCUUCUGGGCAAGGCCACUUUCCCUCUAGACGACUGGAAGAGAAAGUAUUCUAACGAAGACACCAGACCAGUUGCUUUGCCAUGGUUCUGGGAGCACUACAACCCAGAGGAGUACUCCAUCUGGAGAGUCGACUUCAAAUACAACGACGAGCUGACUCUGUGCUUCAUGUCCAACAAUCAGGUCGGUGGUUUCAUGGAGAGACUGACAGGUUCCGUCAAGUACAUGUUCGGUUGCAUGGUUGUCUACGGUGAGGACCGUAACAACGGUAUCGUUGGUGCCAUCAUGUUGAGAGGCCAGGACUACGCUCCUGCUUUCGAAGUUGCUCCAGACUGGACUUCUUACGACUACGCCAAGCUCGACACAUCCAACGAGGAGGACAAGGAGUUCAUCAACAACAUGUGGGCCUGGGACAAGCCUGUGGUCAUCAACGGUGAGCCAAGAGAGAUCAGCGACGGUAAGGUCUUGAAAUGA